ACACCUACCCCUCUUUUUUUUCAAUAAAAAAUAUGGCUGAUGCCUUUGUGUCAUUUGCAGUUCAAAAAUUGGGUGAUUUCCUAAUACAGAAAGUUUCCCUGCGUAAAAGUCUCAGAGAUGAAAUUAGAUGGCUGCGAAAUGAGUUACUCUUCAUACAGUCUUUCCUCAAAGAUGCAGAACUAAAACAAUGUGUAGAUCAUAGAGUUCAACAAUGGGUGUUUGAAAUCAACAAUAUUGCUAAUGAUGCUGUUGCUAUACUCGAGACUUACAGUUUCGAGGCUGGAAAAGGUGCUAGUCGUCUCAAGGCUUGUGCUUGCAUCUGUAGCAAGGAGAAGAAAUUCUACAAUGUCGCAGAGGAGAUUCAAUCACUCAAGCAGCGAAUCAUAGAUAUCUCUCGCAAGCGAGAGACUUAUGGUAUUACAAAUAUCAAUAAUAAUUCAGGAGAAGGGCCAAGUAAUCAGGUUGCAACAUUGAGGAGAACUACCUCAUAUAUAGAUGAUGAUCACAUUUUUGUUGGCUUUCAGGAUGUUGUAGAAAAAUUGCUAGCUGAACUUCUCAAAGCAGAGCCUCGUAGAACCGUCCUCUCCAUUUAUGGCAUGGGCGGAUUGGGCAAGACUACUCUUGCGAGAAACCUCUAUAUCAGUCCUGAUAUAGUCAAUAGCUUCCGUACACGUGCUUGGAUAUGUGUUUCUCAAGAGUACAACACAAUGGAUCUUCUUAAGACUAUCAUAAAAUCCAUCCAAGGUUGCGCCAAGGAAACUCUAGAUUUGUUGGAAAAGAUGGCAGAAAUAGAUCUAGAAAAUCACCUUCGUAAGCUAUUAACAGAAUGCAAAUACCUUGUGGUGGUUGAUGAUGUAUGGCAUAGAGAAGCAUGGGAGAGUUUGAAAAGAGCAUUCCCGUAUAGCAAGAAUGGCAGCAGAGUCAUUAUUACCACGCGCAAAGAGGCUGUCGCUGAAAGAGCAGACGAAAGAGGUUUUGUUCAUAAACUUCGUUUCCUAAGCCAAGAAGAAAGCUGGGAUCUCUUUUGUAGGAAACUACUUGAUGUUCGAGCAAUGGUUCCAGAAAUGGAAAGUCUAGCUAAGGAUAUGGUGGAAAAGUGUAGAGGCUUGCCUCUUGCGAUUGUUGUAUUGAGCGGACUACUUUCGCAUAAAAAGGGGCUAAACGAAUGGCAAAAGGUGAAAGAUCACCUUUGGAAGAACAUUAAAGAAGAUAAAUCUAUUGAAAUCUCUAACAUACUAUCAUUAAGCUACAAUGAUUUGUCAACUGCGCUCAAGCAGUGUUUUCUCUGCUUUGGUAUUUUUCCAGAAGAUCAAGUGGUCGAUGCUGAUAACAUAAUACGGAUGUGGAUGGCGGAGGGUUUCAUACCAGGAGGAGAAGAAAGAAUGGAGGAUGUCGCUGAAGGCUUCUUGAAUGAGCUGAUAAGACGAAGCUUGGUUCAAGUGGCACGAACAUUUUGGGAAAGAGUUACUGAAUGUAGGGUUCAUGAUUUACUCCAUGAUCUUGCUAUACAAAAGGCAUCGGAGGUAAACUUCUUUGACAUUUAUGAUCAAAAAAGCCACUCCAUAUCCUCUCUAUGUAUCAGACAUGUCAUUCAUAGUCAAGGAGAAAGGUACCUCUCACUUGAUCUUUCUAACUUAAAGUUGAGGUCAAUUAUGGUCUUUGAUCCAUAUUUUAAUAGGUUGAGGUCAAUUAUGUUCCAACAUCUAUAUGUGUUGUACUUGGAGAUGCAUGUUGCCAAUUGGCAUUUUGUACUUGUACCUGAUGCCAUAGGAAGUUUGUACCACCUCAAGUUCUUAAGAUUGAGAGGUAUCCGUUAUCUUCCGUCUUCCAUUGGCAACCUCAAGAAUCUACAGUCACUUGUUGUCGAUGAGGUGGGAUACAUUUGCAAACUACCCCAGGAGACAGCUGACCUAAUAAAUCUAAGACAUUUAGUUGCUUCGUAUUCUGAACCUCUGGUACGUAUAAGCAAACUCACUAGUCUUCAAGUUGUUGAUGGCAUUGGUUGUGAUCAGUGGAAAGAUGUAGACCCUGUUGAUUUAGUCAAUCUUCGAGAAUUAAGCAUGUUUGAUAUUAGCAAAUCUUACUCCCUAAACAACAUUAGGAGCUUGAAAAACCUUAGCACUCUCAGAUUGUUUUGUAUAGGUCAUCAAUCAUUCCCAGACCUUGAAUUUGUUAAUUGUUGUGAAAAGCUCCAGAAAUUGUUCUUAUUUGGGAGAAUAGAGAAACUUCCUCUGUUUCCAAAUUCCAUCACAAUGAUGGUUUUGAGGAACUCGGGACUGACAGAAGAUCCGAUGCCUAUUUUGGGAAUGUUGCCAAACCUAAGGAAUCUCCAAUUGUCUAGAGCUUAUGAAGGAAAAGAAAUAAUGUGCAGCGAUAAUAGUUUCAGUCAACUGGAGUUCCUUAAUCUUGAUCAUCUUCAAAACCUAGAAAGAUGGGAUUUUAGGCACAAGUGCAAUGCCUCUCAUUAA